UGAUUAUGUUAUCAAACACAUAAACGCCUGUAUUUUAUAUUUCAUCCACGCACUGCUACAUUUUACUACUAUUUUAAUUGUCUAAUUACCCUAUCAUACUAGUAUAGUUAUUUUCCAUUUAUACCCGUACAUGCCACCAUACUCUUCUCUAUCAACUGCAAUUGUCACUUUACUACACGCUAAUACAGUUUUGACAAAGUUAUGGUAGUGAACCAUUUAUCAUCAUUAGGAACAACAAAAAAUGUGAUCCAGCAACUCAUAGAAAGGCAUGCAGAAGCUGAUAUCGAAAUUAGCGACUUUAUUUACACAGUUCCGCAAUAUCUCACUUUGAUGAGAGCCACUGUAGCUACUUCCGCUAUAUCCAUUGUAUGCUCCUUUCUCAUCAUCAGCGCCUUUCUUUACCUUCGACUUUUUACACCCAAGAGAGCCAAUCGAAUCUCACUACGUUGCGUGUUCAUGGCUAGCAUUAUGAACCUAUUCAACGCUGCUUUCGAUAUACUUAUCGUUACAAUCUUUGGUGAGUCCAUCACAUGCAGAGCAGGCAAUAUCAUCGUACAAUUCACUAGAAUCAUGAGUGGAGCAUUUUUAGCCACUGUAGGGUUGAACCUUGUGGUUGUUUUUGUUUUCAACCACAGUAAAUCCUCAGCGCGACGUCUAGAACUAUACUAUUAUCCAUGUAUAACUGUAUAUGGGCUCAUUGCUAUAGCAGUACCGCUUGCUGAAAUGGCAAGGAGUCCUCUAAAUACUCAGGAUAACAUAAGCUGCUUCUACUUUAUUUUUUAUCAUCAACUGUUUGGUUAUAGUAGCUUCUCAUGGAUGUGGUUCUUCGGAUUUCUUUUCUUUACUGUUCUUCUUGCGGUUGUUUCCUCCUGUAUUUCUCUCACCAAACUCAUGUACGAGCAUCGAGCAUUAAUCAAUAAAUUCACCCACAUUGCCUCAUCAUCUGUCCCACCCUCAGCAGCUGAUCCCUUCUCUAAUGCGACAAUAGAAUUCAAUGCAGCUGAAGACAAUGUCAUUCAACAGCGUGUCAGAUAUCAUUCCAACAUUUUUAUGCGAGUUGUUACCCGAUGCGUUAUCUAUUCUAUGGUCCCUCUUAUCAGCAAUAUCUGGGGUUUUGUCUUUCAACUAACCUUGAUUCACCCGCGCUCUUAUGCCCCCAGAUACAGUCUUUCUAUGGUUGACGCCAUUUUCAAAUGUCUACAAGGCUUCUUCGUUGCUAUUGUUUUCUUCAGCGAUCCUGCUAUGACACAGUUCAUUUCCGAUCGGUGGAAAUUGUAUAAAGCAAAAUAUAUUGAUGACUAUAGUCGGAUCAGGAAGUAUAGCAAUGGGCAAAUCGAAGUCAUUCCUCAUAGCCAAGGACGAAGAUUACAAGAACAAAGCGGGACAUCCUCGCCACCACUACCAGCUGCACUCCCGCUUGUCAGCAAGCCCUUAGCCGCUGAAUGUAAGAAAACGACUGGCUAUCUGUUUUUCCAAACAAAUUUGAAAGACUGGGCCAUUCAUCACGAGAAUGGCGCUGUUUACGAAACAAUACCUAUGCGUCGCCUAAGUGUUCCGCCUUCAGUUUAUACCCGUUUAUACCAGCAACAUGUGCAGCAACACGGCCUUCCACAGCAACAACAAUCAACAUGGAAACAGCAAGAACACGAUAAUAUAGAGGAUAUUGCUUAUGAGACCGACGAAGGAACGACGCCUACGUUGACUCCUAAUUCAUCGCGUAAACCAUCUUGUUGCAUUCCUGACCCUGAAUCCACAAACCAUAUCUUUGUACCUUAUAAAUAUCCGCGCUUAGCCUCUGCUAUUCAUUGGACAUUGGUUCAUUGUGGAGUUGGUAAUAGCAACAGCAACAUCAAGGAUCAGCGUGUAAAUCAACCACAGCAUUUACAAAAAGAUGAUCAUUUUUUUUCAUUCAAUUCCAUCGGUAGCACAGCAACUACUGCUUCAUUAGAAGCCGACCAACGACUUCAAGAGGCAUUCAUUGACACACCAUUACCUGUCCAUCCAUUGACUUAAAAUUGAUAUGAGUCGUUAUUAUGUCAGUUUCCCAAUUUAUACCAUAUAGAUAUUUUAUUUUAUUUUUAUUAGAAGAAAAUGGGACGACGAUUGAUAUAAAAUCUUACUGUUGUUGCUUUACCCUGCCUCAAUGGGAACUAGAAUUUAUAAUUAAUCUUAUCGUACCAACUUACGUUUCUUACUCCAAUAAUAUUUAAUUACCUUACUGCUAAUCAAUGCCUUUACCAAAGAUAAUUUAACAUUCAAUAGAAUACUAUUCUUUAAACUUACGAAAACCAAAUAAAUUUUUCUUUUGAAAACUCACUUCACGUAUCUUUGUUUGUUG